AUGUUUCACUAUUGGACAACCGCAACGAGCAAAACCAAUUUACCAUUUCUAAGAGUCGCGUUCACGUCAUUUCUCCUCACCAGAAGAACAAUGGAGAAUGGAAACACGUCGACAGAGGUGGCUGGAAAUUCACAAGCAUCCCAUUCAUCUGGUAGCAACGGGUCUGAUGCACCUUCACAUGAAGACCAAAAUCCACGGAAUACAGAAUAUAAACAGGGGAUGGAAAUGAUUUUCGAAGGAGAGAAGCCUGAAGAGCGUGGCGACCAUGUAGUUGAUGCUCACUUCGAAUGCUCAGGGCUUGAAGUAGUGUGGUUGAACAACACAGGUCUAAAUGACUCUUCGGCGAGUAAAGAAAGUGAAAUUUUCUAUCCAGAAGUGGAUGUAGGCGCUAAUGAAACAGCCACCGUCGUCGAAACAAAACUGUGUGACGCUGACAAUCCGGCGUCUUCCAAACCUGCACUCUGUGUAAAUGCGGAACUCUCUCAGCGAGAAACCACAAGUUUACGACACAAAUCCUUACAAAGUCCUUCCUGUGUUCAAGAAACAGCGCACAAUGUUUCUGCCGAAGUGAACAUAAUUGUGAAUUCACGAGAGAACGAUCGAGAACUGGGAAAAUCUGGUGCUUCAUGGGAGCAUGAAGCGAACCCAAAUUAUGUUAAUACGUCGUUUGAAGUUUCCCAGGAUAUAAGCCAACAGAGUCAAGGAAAGAACUACUAUGCUGUGAACCUUCUGACUUCGAGCAAUGCAACAACUAGCGCGUUUUGUGGCGAAAUUGAUGAGCGACCACUGAUUUGUGUGGGGAAGAGUGAAGCGCCAGCUACGUCGGAUUAUACAGCAGCCACCGGCGUACAAUUCGCGCUUCCUUUUGUGCAGAAAACUGGAGUUAUUCCAACAAAUGCGACCUACCUUUUUCAACAACCUCAGUUCAACUACACACACACUCCCACUUCGACGGCCUCUUAUCCUGUGAUAUCUUCUAGUCAGUCACCACGGGAUAUGUUGCCAUCCUAUAUUAGCGGUGGACUCACUCUUACUCGACCGCUAAACUUUUCGUGUCAGCGUUAUGACGUCAAUUCAAACAUCAUUCCUCAUCAGAUAGGGCUUCAUCGGCGACCAGAAGAAUAUUUGAACCUAGCGGCAGUACCUGGUCCGUCAAGCAUCUUCGGAACGGUUCAAACAUCUGUACCAUCGCAGCAAUCGUGCGCUCCCUCUCUGGCACCUGACUCAUUCUCGGCAUAUUCAUUCUUUAACCAACCACAUUAUGGUUCUUCUUUGCCACUGCAUCCCCAAUAUCUAGGGGUAGUGAACUCUACUAAGACCAGCACACCGAUGCUAGGAAGCGACGUACGUGUACUGGAGGAAUCAGGCCGAUCUCUACAGCAAGAAACAGUGAAUGGUGCCGAGAACCAAAAUCUGGUUGUAAAUGGAUUCCAGUUACCUUUUUUCACAUCGUACACUCUCGGGGAGGAAAUUAAAACUUCUUCAAAAAAUCAAGAUGGUGAAAGUUCAGGUGUUGAAGAAAUUCCUCAGACAUGUAGUCCACCAACUCUGCUACCCUCCGAUGCACCUCUCCAGGAAGUCGAUGAUGAUGAGAUGCAAGUGUGUUCAUUAGUUUCUGAUGGUUCUCGCAGAAAUCCAUCUACAAGUGCUCAAGAAGGUCCACGUUUGUCCUUAGAACCGCUGGUUAGCACGCUAGAGGACUUGGCUGUUUUUACAGCUCCACGUCGGUUAGGAGUGAAUCUAUCGAAGGAGGCUUACUAUAAUAAGAAAAGUCUCUUUGCCACUCCAGCAUAUUCACUGCCUCAGUACCCUGCACAGUGGGCCCUGCCGUCUCAGACGUCGGACGGUAUGGCGACCGGUGAGAGGCGAUCAAAUCUCAGGUUGCUCAGGACGUCAUCGAUUCUGGACCAAGGCGACACACGCGCGACUCGCCAUGGAGACUGUCUUAGACUGUGUACCUGCAACGCGAGAACAGUUUCCACAGACGCUGACCUGCAUGCCCUUCUCGGAGCUGCAGAGCGUAUCAAAUUUCAUGUGAUUGCUCUGCAGGAGACCAAGUGCAGAAGGAGCGACGUGCGACAGAUGAAUGACGGUACACUCGUCAUUCGUGGAGAGAAGGUUCCGUCGCGAAAUGUAGGCGGUGUUGGUUUUGUUGGGCACCCAUCUGUCGUCCAUCUCGUCGAUUCUCACGAGAUCCUAUCACCUCGUCUGGCCAUUCUUUGUCUCCGCCCUCUGCGCCAAAAAUCCAUCAGUAUCAUCAACUGCUACUCACCAACAUCAACAGCUGAUGAAUCCGAAUUGGACGCGUUUUACGAGGAGCUGGAGGAAAUGAUCCGCAAAGAGAAGUCCUUCCAAACAUUCGUUGUCGGAGACUUCAACGCAAAACUAGGAAAGGCCACAGAAGAGGAAUACAGGAUUGGAAGAUUUGGACUAGGAGACCGGAAUGAAAAUGGCAAUCGUUUCACCGGGCUGCUUGGUUCUGAUCACCGUCUCCUUCGUGUGAAAAUUCGACUUAGCCACACGAUGAAAAAGAACAUCUGCUAUCGACAACGAAGGAGAAAAGAAGUCGUCUACGACGAUUGCGUACUCGAGGACUUGUACCUUGUCCCAAGAGGAUUACGAGCCUGUGCUGAACGUGCCUCGAAGCCGCGCACGACAAACUUGGAUCGAAUUUCGAAGACCACCAAGGAGCUAUUGGAAAGAAGGAGGCCUUUGAGGCUUGAUCCGAAUGCAUCGCACAUUGAGGGGCAGAAGAAGAUUCCGGAAGCAGCACAAAGAAGAACGAGUCUAAAGAAGUGCCGCAGGGAUCUCCGCGAAUAUAAUAUUCCGCUAGCAACCUUGUUAAGCGAAGACGGGAUUCGCAUGUCUUCUCGUCGUGAGAUGGAAAUCAUUACGGAAAGGUUCUACUCGAACCUCUUCCAUUCAUCAACUCCUGUGUCAAGCUCAGUCAUCCCCACUGACGAAGCUCCACCACGGAUUCUCCCUUCGGAAGUACGAGUCGCUAUCAAGAGCAUGAAACCUGGCACAGCCCCGGGACCUGAUUUUAUAUCAGCAGACUUUCUUCGGGCUGGUGGCCAUCCACUUCAUGUAAUCUUAGCAGAGCACGUGACAUCUUACUUUCAGAAAGGAUCCCAGACCAGUGGAAGACCUCGCGAACCGUUCUUAUCCAUGAGAAAGACAGUGUCGAGAGUCAUAGAAAUUUGUCGGGAAUACCGCCUGCGCUUUGUUCUAACCUUCGUCGACUACGAGAAAGCCUUUGACAACGUAGAAACGAAUGCAAUACUGUCAGCGCUGGUCGAUCAAAGUGUGGACGCGUCAUAUGUGAGGAAAUUAGCCAAUUGCUACGAUCGAUGCACGACUAGGAUACAGCUUUUCCACCGCCCUCUCACCAUACCCAUUGGAAAGGGGGUACGACAAGUCGAUACUAUAUCGCCGAAGCUGUUCACGGCUGCAUUGCAAUGGAUAAUGAAAUCACUAUCCUGGGAAGAAAGGGGCAUACGUGUUGAUGGAAGAUUUCUUUCGAAUCUUCGCUUCGCGGACGACAUCGUUCUCUUUUCGAGCAGUACCAAUGAAGCAGAAACGAUGCUCAACGAAUUGAACGAAGCAGGGAAGAGAAUAGGACUACGAAUAAACAGAAAGAAGACACAGUUCAUGAAGAACGCCCACUGCGAGGACGGAGGAGUACAACUUGAAGGCUCCCAAAUCGUUGAAACUCCGUCAUACGUAUACCUCGGACGUUCUAUGAACAUGGAAAACGAUUUGAAGGAAGAACUGAAUAGAAGAAUGAGAGCAGCAUGGGCAGCAUUCGCAGCCGUCAGGGAAGCUACGGACCAACUGACGGACCAAGAUCUUCGUGCCCAUCUGUUCGAACCGACAGUCCUUCCAGCGCUCUGUUACGCAGCGGAGACGUGGGCGGACACUGUUACCACGUCUAGGAAACUACUUACUACCCACAGAGCCCUUGAGAGAUGUCUCCUGAAGUUUAACCGGCGCACACAACACCUUGCCGGUCUUCGUAGCUCCGACUUAAGAGGAAUGUCCCGUCUUCGCGACCCGAGCGGAGCUAAAGAGGGAGAACAUGUGGAUACGCCCGAUAGUUCGGCUCAUAUUGAAUUGUUGCCACGCGGCACAUUUGGUCAAAACCGACGUUCCACGAGAUACCUCAAACUUGGAAAGAGAUCACAAACUAUUGAUGUUCUUGUUCGAAAUAGCGUGAAGAAUUUUGAAAUCUCGACGUGUGUCUCGUCAAAGGUGCCUCUGCAUUCACCUAAUUCACCUCUACGAACAUUGACCGACGAAGUCGCAAAUCAUGAUAGGCCUCGUGUUCACUCUUAUCUUUCCAUUAUUAAAUAUCCUAGCAUGGUUGAUGUGAACUUCCGACGUCGGCCUGGGAUAAAAACGUCGUGCAAAAUUCGUUUGCUGUUAUUUUCUGAACACCGUCAGCCUUCGAGACCGCGACAUCUAUGCGAUCAAACAAGGGAAGUCAUUGGUAGAGUCUGUGCAUAUUUUCGAGAGUUUUCGAAGAGAUUCGCUGCGCUCGGCAACAAUAUUACGGGAACUCCAUUUGAAAACCCUGAAAGAAUGGCUUCUCAUGCUACCGGCUUCACUUUGCCAACCAUACGGAGAUGUGGAGAACGUAUGGAGGCUGUGCCUUUCUGCACAGUUAGUACAGGGAGUAUUUCUACGGAGGAGGAUAUUUGCAACUUGUCCUGGAUAUUCUCUGAAGAGCCAUGGUGCAUUGCUCAGAGAACUAAAGGCAGGACUUCGACAACAACACGAAAACGACAAAAGAAACGGACUACACCAUCACCUAGUCUGUCUGAUAUUGAGGUGGACCCAGAGGACUCCGUUGAUGAACAAACUAUUGAAGCAGAUCUUGAUUUGUUAAAUAAGAUUGAAAACGAAGACGGGGUUCCGAAGCGGCGCCGUUCGGAAAGGAUUCGAAAUCAGCGAAGAGCCAAACUACUCAGUCGUCUAAAGGCAAUUAACGCAAUCGGAAAGUUGAAAAGCCCUCCAAAGGAAACUGAUGGAAAAAAUAAACUCGUCAGCAUAGACAAGUGCAACACCAUUACGGCUGAUUCAAACAGUCAGGAGGAGAACCGUAAUGGUGCAACAUUUGUGGAGGAACAAAGUCCUACUGAAUUGGAACAGCUGCUUGCCGUCAGGCUUUUCGUGAGAAAGAAACGGCUUCGUCGUACCCGUUCGACAGACUCUAGCAAUUCGUUGAUCUACGGAUCCUCUUUGACAGCGUCGAGAAUGGCGGAGUCUUCGACAAUGUGGGGACGUACCGAAGCGAGCGAAACAGCGCUUGACAGUCCUGAUGGUAGUGGUGCCCUCGCCCAAUCCGCUGUUGCCGUUGCAGCCACGCCACUCAUAGAAGAUGAUGGCUCGAAGUUGCUAUUGCGUAAUUGA